AUGGAUGACUCUGCUGUUACAUUAAAUCUAUAUCUUGGAACUGAAUUUACCGAUGGUCAAUUGUAUUUCGGUGAAGUACGUUGUUCAUCUCAUGUUCGUAGUACCAGAUCACGAGAUGACGAAGAAUUUUAUCUUGAACAUCAAGUUGAGACGGCAUGCCUUCAUCUUGGCAAUCAUCGACAUAAAGCACUACCUAUUACGAGUGAUCGACGACUUAAUCUUAUCGUUUGGGUAAAUUAUGAUAUAUGA